UCCAUGUCAAGAAAGUAAGAUUUCGUAUGUGUAGCACGGGAUCAAUAUAAAUUAUAUCGCGAAUUUUCACUUAAGAGAGUGCCGUUUUUUAUAACCGUCAGCUUCAAACAGAACUUAAUGUAUAGAAGUGUAAAUUUAAAAACAUUUAAUCGGUGUGAUAUCUCAAAAUCUCUAUUCCACACAAUACAACGUUGUAGGAAAAUGACGGAGCGGUCUCGUCUUUUAUCCCCGACAAAGUGAAGUGCUACCCCAAAAUACUGUACAUUCCUUAAAACAGUGAACUGUUAAUGAUUAUGUCGUUGAAAAGUUGGAUUUUUGUGCAUUCGAUUGUUUAAACCAGUUAAGUAUUAUUUUGGUGUUUUUAUUGUUAUGUCGUCGAGAUGAUGUGGUUUCACAUAGCGGUGGCGGCCGCAGUUAUCGCUACAAUUAGCGUUCAGGGCGAUCAAGUGAUGCUUCUUGAUACCACGACUGAAAAUACUCUUGGAUGGACACGUUACCCCUACGGUGCACAGGCGAGUACCCCCGGAUGGGUAGAAGAAUCUUACACCAAUUUUGAAAAGCAUAUUAACUGGCGAUCGUAUGUCGUUUGUGAUGUUGCCCACCAUAAUGUAAACAAUUGGCUUUGGACACCAUUCAUUGAAAGACGAAACGCCAAUCGUAUAUACAUCGAGAUUAAUUUCACCAUCCGCGAUUGCUCUUUAUUUCCGGGAAAUGCACUGAGUUGCAAGGAAACAUUCAGUCUGUUAUAUUAUGAGUUUGACGUCGCAACACGCGAACAACCACCAUGGGAGCCAGAAAGUUAUAAACUUGUGGGUAGAAUAGCAGCUGGUGAAGGCAGGUUUAAUACAAACUCAGAAGUUGACAUAAAUACAGAGGUAAAAAGCAUAGCUGUAACAAAGCGAGGAGUAUACAUAGCAUUCAGAGAUCAAGGUGCCUGCAUUUCUAUUUUAGCAGUUAAAGUUUAUUACAUUACAUGUCCUGAGGUAAAUAUAAACUUUGCAAAGUUCCCAGCAACCCCUACAGGCCGUGAAGUAACUGUCAUUGAACAGGCCAAUGGCACCUGUGUUGAAAAUGCUGAAACGGCUCAAGGUGAGUCUCCUCCAGUUUAUUUGUGCAAAGGAGAUGGAAAAUGGACUUUACCUAGUGGAUCAUGCAAAUGCAAAGGAGGCUAUGAACCAGAUCACACCAACCAAGUUUGUAAUGAAUGUGCCCCCGGGAAGUUCAAAUCACAUACUGGUGAUGAAGCUUGUAUGUCAUGCCCUGAUAAUUCAGAGACUACAGCCCAUGCCUCCAUUGAAUGUAAAUGUAUACCAGGCUUUUUCCGAGCCAAGAAAGACCCUAAGAAUGUUCCAUGUACUCAACCACCAGGUGCACCUGACAACCUAACUGUAACAUUUGCUGAUCAGUUUUCAAUAUCUCUAGCUUGGCAUCCACCACAUAAAACAGGUGGACGAGAUGAUGUGACAUAUGAAGUUCGAUGUACAAAUUGUGGGCCCCAUGUAGAGUAUAGACCAUCUUCAAAUGGUCUUAAUCACACUCGAGUCACUGUGAUGGGUUUAGACCCAGUUACUGAAUACAAAUUUCAAGUUUUUGCUGUUAAUGGUGUAUCAGACUUAACUGGUGAUUCUCCAAAGAAAGUUGAAAUAACUGCUAUAACAGAGGCAUCAGUAGUGAGUGUAGUCUCCAAAUUAAGAAUAAUUAGUGUAGAAAAUGACAAACUUUCUUUAGUAUGGACUCCUCCUCCUGUAGAUGUAACUGAUCCUGAUGAUACAAUUGAAAGCUAUGAAAUAAAAUGUUUCCCGAAAGAUAACAAUGAAAGAAGUGCAAAUGUGACUGUUAAAAUAACAAAAGAACCUCAUGCAGUUAUUACUGGCCUGAAAAGGGACACUGAAUAUGGAGUGAGAGUCAGAGCUAAAAUGAAGCGAGGGUGGGGAGAACUAAGUGGAAUUGUGUAUGCGAGAACAGGUGCAGGAUUGGAACCAACAUUGGUUGUUAGUGAAGAAGAAGGGGCCCGUGUACGAUUAUUUGCUGGUGUUAUGGUUGCUGUGGUUGUUAUCUCUGUUGUGGCCAUUAUUGCCACAGUAUUAUUUUUGAGGUCCCGUGCUGAUGAUGAAUGUGACAAGAAACAGCCAAGUGACUGUAAUGCACUUAAUUAUAGAAACGGAGAAGUAUAUACGGGACCAGACAGACCUACAAAAACAAGUAGUAAUGCAACAACACCACUCUUUGCUGGUACGGGAUCAAGGACAUACAUUGAUCCACAUACUUAUGAAGACCCAAACCAAGCUGUUAGAGAAUUUGCUCGUGAAAUAGACGCAUCUUGUAUUACUAUAGAGGCCAUAAUUGGUGGUGGUGAAUUUGGUGAUGUGUGUCGAGGAAAAUUAAAAUUACCUGCAUGUGGUCAAGAAAUAGAUGUGGCAAUCAAAACACUAAAGCCUGGUUCAACUGAAAGAGCUCGCCGAGAUUUUCUUGCUGAAGCAUCAAUUAUGGGGCAAUUUGAGCACCCUAAUGUUAUCUUCUUACAAGGGGUUGUUACAAAAUGUAAUCCAAUAAUGAUUAUUACAGAAUUUAUGGAGAAUGGGUCAUUAGAUACAUUCUUACGAGCAAAUGAUGGUAAAUUUCGUGUGCUUCAACUGGUUGGCAUGCUUCGUGGAAUAGCAACUGGAAUGCAAUAUCUAUCAGAAAUGAAUUACAUUCAUCGUGAUCUUGCUGCUCGGAAUGUAUUAGUUAAUUCCCAAUUAGUAUGUAAAAUAGCUGAUUUUGGUUUAUCACGAGAGAUUGAAUCAACCGCAGAUGGAGCAUAUACAACUCGAGGUGGGAAAAUUCCAGUAAGAUGGACAGCGCCUGAGGCAAUAGCAUUUAGGAAAUUUACAUCUGCCAGUGAUGUUUGGUCUAUGGGGAUCGUUUGUUGGGAAGUAAUGAGUUUUGGAGAAAGGCCCUACUGGAAUUGGAGUAAUCAGGAUGUUAUAAAAUCAAUAGAGAAAGGUUAUCGCCUACCAGCUCCAAUGGACUGUCCUGAAGCUGUUUAUCAACUGAUGUUGGACUGUUGGCAGAAAGAACGUACUCAUCGGCCCACCUUUGUAAGCAUUGUUAAAACAUUAGAUAAACUCAUUCGUUGCCCAGACACAUUGAGAAAGAUAGCUCAAAAUCGAUCAACUGAUCCAUUAGCGGGAGAUACACCUGACUUAAUCCAAUUCUCAUCUGUUGAAGAAUGGUUGGAAUGUAUUAAAAUGUCAAGAUACAUUGAGAAAUUCAGAGCUGCUGGAAUAACAGAUAUGAAUGCUGUUGUAGAUCUCACUGUUCACCAACUGACCUCUUUGGGAGUUACCUUGGUUGGUCAUCAGAAAAAAAUAAUGAAUAGUGUUCAAAGCAUGCGGGCACAGAUCCGUGUAAGUGGGCCAUAUGGGUUUCUUGUGUAAUAACAAGAAUGAUGUCUUUGAUAAUAAUACUCAAUCUCCAUCUGUCAAAAAGUGAUUGUCACAGUGAUUAAAAUUAAGAAAUGUAAUGCAUUUUGUAUAUUUUUCUAAAAAACUGUCCUAGAAGUAGGGUUAAUAUAAUAGUAUUAUGGACCUUCGGAUGGGUGGAAAGUUAAUUCAGUGUUUUAAAGAUACCAUUACUCCAACUGCAUCAGUUUUGUAUCUGGGGCCUAAUUUAUAUUGUUUUAUCUAAAACAAAGCUUUAUUAAGCUGCCGUCUUUAAAUACAACGAAAGCAUUGCCAUGUUUACCUAAUGCAAUAAAUCUGUUAUAAAAUUGAAACAACAGAUAUAUAAGCAAUUGUGGUAGCUAUUUUGUGACUGAAAUAUAAUUUGUGAUCUUAUUUAUAUAAAUUUUAGUUUUAAGAUUUUAUCUUUGUCAGUAAAAUUUUGACAAAGAAACAUUUUUUUACAUAUAAACUUAUUUAGUUUAGAAAGAUUUAAAUAGAAUUGUAUCAAUUUAUCGACAUUCCGAUGACAUAUAUAAGAAAUUAUAUGUUAAUUGUAGGUAGCUAAAUUCACUGUCCUGGUGUGCAUUUUGUGUAAGUGGAACUUGUGAAAGUAUUUUAUUAUAUUAUUCUUUUUUAAGAAAAUAUAAAAUGCCAUAAGUGUCUAAAUAUAAUAAAAGUUUGUUCUUGUGAAAAUCUCCUUUAUAAUUAGAUGAACUUGCCUUUUAUAUUUCAACUUGUGAUUAUAAUGAUGUACUUAAUUAACAUAUAAACUUGCCACAACAACACAUUUAUUUUGUUGUAUUUUUAUUUGCUUGUAUAUAUGGGUGGAAGUUAGUGUAAUGUUUACAUUUUCGCUAUUAAGGAGUACAUGCUAAUGGCUGUGUAUAAUAAAAUCUAACAGUUUUUAUUUUCAUUUGCAAAUAGUCUACAAAGAAACACUUUUUUAUACCAAUCACCACUCAAUCAUUAAUUAUUAUGUGUUUCAAGUGUAAAUUUUUAAUCUAAUUGAUACCUUUUAAUUUGAUAACUCUAUAUUAUGCUAGAUCUAAUUAUUAGAUACUAAAGUUUUCAAUAUAUUUGUAAUAAUUUUUACAAGAUGAUUAGAAAUGGACUAAAAACAUUAUACUGCCAAUAUAGUUGUAAGAGCUUCGCCUAACGCUUGUGAUGGUCGUUGUUUGAAUAUAAGUUGUAAAUGACAGCUAUCUACGUAAUUUUUUUAAGGUCAAUCAAAUGCUUAGUGAUUUAUUUUGCUUUCAGCUGAUUCAGUGUAACGUUUCUAUAAUUAGUGUCCAACAGCUAUAUUUAAAUGAUAUGUAUAACCGUUGUAUAUUGUUUUUUUUUAUAUACAUCACAUUGAAUUUUUUGAAGACGUCACAAAAUGGAUUGGGGAGCGUUCAAGUAUUAUGUAGCGAAUUUCCUCUUGUAAAACGUUACGAUGCGGGGCGGGGAUUGAAUUACGCGUUAUUGUUAAUACUAUUUUCGACUUUUCAGUACUUCACACCACAUAAUGGUAACUUUUAGGUAUAAAGAUUCACUGGGUGGUCACGAAAACAUUAUUGGGUACAGAAAAUGUUACGGCGCGUUUCAUGUGUUGGGAAUCAGUCAAGAAUCUCCAAAAAUUGCUUGACGUAAUACUUGAACGCUCCGUUGGUGGCAUUUCGAUAUUUGAGUCAGUUAAAGUGAAAUACAAUACAUUUGUUAAUAAUUUCUUAAAAAACUAUUUAUUAUGGGAAUGUAAUAUCACUACAAUUGUUUGCCUAUUAUUAUGUGCCGAUUGAUAUAAUACGCAAAAGCUCUUACUCAGAUUAGAGAAUUGCACCAUGUGAAAACUUUGUAUGUUUGGGUUAAAGGUAGUAGGUUCAUUCACGUUUCUUAAAAGUUGCAGGAAAGGCUUUUAAGUCUGAGGCAAAAAGGUAAGCUCAGUUUUUGUUAACAACUCGAGUCUUAGGAAAAAGGAAGACAGGGUUGUCUCUUCUCUCUAUGUAGAGUCUAAAAGUUGUAUUGGCUGUUAGAUUCACCACACAACAUUUAUUUUAUAAAAGCCGAGUUGUCAAUUACUGGAACUGAAGCAAAAUAACUGCAUUGUUAAAAACAUACACAUUACAUUAAAAGCUUAACUAAAAAACUUUUUGCCACAUUGUAAUUUUGGACGCUAAAUUUUAUAACGAAUAGGGCAAGUAAUCCAUGACCUUUGUUAAAUAAUUUAUCAUGCGUAAAACACGUUGAGGUCUUCCAUUGGCUUUGCUUUAGUGACUCAGGUGUAAUAAAUACAAAUUGUGCUCGUAUUUGCUUAGCUCAAUAUUAUUGCUGUUGUUUUCAAAUCGUUUAGAGUAAAUGUCUUUAUUUACUAAUAACUUCAUUGUAAUAUUGUUACGACUAGAUUCCUUUAAACAUAGUGCAAUACGUCUUCAUAUAUGUAUGAUAUUGAACAGUUAUAUGACUGAACACGUUUAUUUCAAUGCACAUUGUUCACUCAUAAUAUACAUGGCAAAUAUACCUUUAAAGAUAACACCAAAUCAGUAUCUUUUAGAAAUGAUUCAUAUAGCAAUAAUAAAAAUACGUAUUAAUAGUAUAUGAUAAAAAUGUAUUUACAAUCUUUAUUGUUUUUUAUAGUUUAGUGAAUAGAAUCAAAGGUUCGGUAUUAUCAAAGAAAAAAAUAUGCAUUACGCCAUUCUUCUACUUAUUUAAUAUUUCCUGACAAGCCGCUCUGUUAGUGAUACUAUUUGAAGGUUCUUGUUUUAAUAACCGAUUGGCUAAUAUAUAAAAUAUUUUACUUCUAUAUACUGGAAAGCCUAAAGCAAUAAGCAAGGUUCUAGAACUAACUUGCAACUAUAUAAUUUGUAACAAACACUUUUUGUCCGCAUAUGUAAAUGUAAAUAUGUCCGAAAUACCCUAAAGUUAUAUGAUAUGAAUUUUGUUAGUCAAGUUUGGGAUACAGUGAUAGUCUUUGUGAACUAAUGCGUUUCAAAACAAACGUUAUUUUUAUAUUUUUGUAUAUAGAUAUUGUUUAAACUUAUUUGAAAAUACGUGAUUCAUUAUAGUAAUCACCGCACUCAAGAAUAUUUCUCAUAAUUUAAAAUCAUAUUUGCAUCUUACGAAUACUGUAGCAUUGGUCAACAUAGUGUCCACUAUGCUUUCAACUACCAUUAUUCGUAAGAUAAUAAGAGGAACUGUCCAUUCUUAAAUGUAUUUAUAUUCUAAACUGACGUACUUAAUCUACACCCUACUCCGUCAUUCAUGUAUCAGGUGUUCAAUUAUAUUUUUAGGUCUUUGCCCUUACAUUAUUUUUAUGUAGAAUCAAUUGAAUGAAGGGAGACUGGUGACGCAUUUCUACCGGUUAUUGAUAUAAGAUAGUAUAUGUAUUUCAUGUCCUAAACUUUACAUGUGUUGUAAGGUUGGAAGCCAUACUCGUACUUUAAUGAGGACUUAGUUAUAACAUUGCUUGUGCGCAUUGACGUAGAACUUAAUGUUAUAUAAUUAUCAUUUACGACGACGAUGGUAUAGUUUAACAGUAGAACACCAAUCAUAGCCUAAUUAAUUGUAAUUCAUAGCGGGAUCUUUAGAUUUAUUUGUAAGAUUUUUUAUGUCUAGAAUACGGGGUAGGUACAUCGUCUAAAUAUUGAAAAUUUAACAAAAAGUUGUUACAUAUUUUUGAGGAUAAAUAAUCUCUAUGUUUCUAUUAAAACCAUCUUUCGUUUUAAAUUAAAAUAGACGAUGAAUACGCCCUGUUUACAUAGUAUACAGAAAUAAUAUAAUUAAAGUAUAAAAUUAGGCAGUUAAUUUUUUUAAAAAUUGGAUUAGAUACGAACAAUGGAAGCUUGGCUAUAAUUUAUGUAAUAAACUAUUGAU